GUGGACACCACAAAUCGACAGUUGAAAUUACAAGUUGAGUGUACAGCAUACGGUACAAAGCACGGUUUCUGCAACGUCGCAAACAUGGUACAAUUAAACUCAGAAGUUUCUCACAUAAAAUCAAGAAGAGUUGUCUACAAUAAUAAUUGGAAUAAGGAUAAGGAAAAAUCGCAUAGAAGUUUCUACGUGAACAAGUUUGUUGAGUUUUGCAAGAGGACAGAUUUGCACGGAUACAAAUAUAUUGUUAUGGAAGAUUUCAAUUACGGUGAAAGAUGCUGUUGGGCGUUGGCAGUGGUGACCAGCAUAGCAAUAGCUUCUUACUUCGUGGUUACAGCAUACAACUGGUAUGCAAGGAAUCCUAUUGUUACUCAAGUGAAAAAGAAAAGGAACAGUUGAAAAACUUGCAAGCCAUAUUGGACUUCAACAACAUGCCCAUAGAAGUGUUAUUCAAAGAGCUAUCACCAGCUACUUCUUGCGGUAAUCUGGUGCAGCAAUGUAUGUGGAAGAACUCAAUCUACAGCUGCGAUGAAAUGUUCAAACAAAUCUAUACCUUGCUCAGUCUUUGUUGCACAUUCAACUAUUUUGCAGUCGAUAAUAUAGAAAAUAAUCAAAAUGAGUUGAUGAGUGACAAGCGACCUUUGAAGACACCACGUCGAGUGGCCUCCUGUGGGUACCAAACCGCACUCACCGUGCUUCUGUACACCAACCCUGAUGACUACUACAGCGCUACGAUAGCAUCGCAAGGAGCCUUGGUGAUAAUAGACAAUGCCUACAACAUUCCUGACCUGGACUCUCCAGUUCGCAUGGUGAACCCUUCCACUGAGCUGCUGAUAGCAUUGUCACCUGAGAGGACGUACACCACAUCAGGGAUCAGGACAUUUAAACCUGACCAAAGACAGUGCUACUACAGUGAUGAGAUAAAAAUUGGAAACUUCCGUCAGUACUCGUUCCAUAACUGCAUGGCGUACAAGAAGGUGUCGAUGUUGAAGAAACAUUGCAACUGUAUACCGCUAUCAUUUCCCAAAGAAGAAGCAUAUCGUUUCUGCAAUUUCAGUGACAUGGAUUGUUUAGACGAAAUUUUGAAUGAAGCAGAAGACAGCAACGUAACAAGGGAAUUAGAGAGUAAAAUCACAUGCUACCCGGAGUGUGAACACUAUGAUUAUCCGUUAGAGGUCGCUUUGGGUAACUUAGCGGACAGUGCGUACGUGAAUGGACUCCUAUUCUUCGAUGACGUUCAACUAAAGAACCGAUCACUAUUGAAUGUUUUCUUCAACGACUUGGUAUCUACCAGAUACCGACGCGAUGUUUAUUUGAAUUGGCAAAAUAUUUUAGCUGCGUUUGGCGGUCUCCUGAGUCUUAUGCUCGGGUUCACUUUAAUAUCCGGCUUCGAUCUUAUACUAUUCUUCACUGUUCGAGUUGCUUACGAACGUUGUACGACCAUGACUCGCAAGCCACAGAACAACAAAAUAUACGUAAACGACUUUAACAGCAGAAAGAAUUGGAUGGACAAUACAAUCCCCAACCUGGUCAACCCGAAACCUGUGCAAAAUAUAAACAAUACAACCAAAUAUAAGCUAAAUAAUUUCUUAGAUCGACGAUAUUAAAGUCUUAUCCACCCUUUUCAUAUUGUUUGCUUACUUGCUGCCAGUUUAUUGUGAAUGCUAUUGUUAUGUUAACUUUAGAUCGAGUUUUGUAUGACUCGUAAUUAAGAAUGAGGGACUUGAUUAUGAACUUUAGAUUACACGUUUGUAUUUUCAUUCUCUGUCUGUAUCCUACACGAGUUGUGACACAACGAUGUUCUAUUAUUUUAUGUAAUAGUCUGUUCAGUAGUUUUGACUUUAUGCUCUAAAGUUGACACGGUAGGAUUAAAUAAGUUCUUAUGAGUC